AAGACUCUAGAGUCCAACUACCUCUGGCUGAGAGAAACGGGGGGUGACGGACUGAGUGACAGAGAGUGAAAGAGCGUGACAGAAUUAAAAAGGACACCGACUAAGUGGUGGAAAACAUUAUUUUGUGCGCACCCCCAGCGAAAAAAUGGCAGCUUACACAUUAAAAUGCUUGCGAAGUCUCGGACGCUAGAACUGCGAGAGUAAUUCACACGGAGGCACAGUGCGAUUAAAGGAAAGUAAUGGAAAAUGACUCACAAUCAUCGGACCCAACAAACAGAGAGGCACCUUCCAAAAGAGGAAACAUAGUGCCCAAAAAGACACAUUUGACUCAAAUCGAGGUGAUUCCCUGUAAGAUCUGUGGCGACAAGUCAUCCGGAGUACAUUAUGGUGUCAUCACCUGUGAAGGCUGUAAGGGCUUCUUCCGGCGCAGCCAGCAGUCCAGUGUGUCCUACUCCUGCUCACGCCAAAGCAACUGCCACAUAGACCGCUCCAGCCGCAACCGCUGCCAGAGCUGCCGGCUGCAGAAAUGCGUGGCUCAGGGGAUGAGCAGAGAUGCGGUGAAGUUCGGCCGCAUGUCGAAGCGACAGAGGGACUCCCUGAUCGCCGAGGUGGAGAGACACCGGCAGCAGCAGCAACGCCUUCAGAGCAGCCCUGGCGAGGCGCCCCCCCCACUGCCCUACCACAGCAAGGAGCCGCGCAACCACUCGCCCCACCUGCUCCAGCCCCUGGUGCCGUCCUACCCCUUUCACGUGGAGCCUGAGCUGCCUUCCACCUCCCCAGAAGUGCACGCCUACCUAGACUGCUCCCAAGGAGAGUCCCAGGCUGCGGCCUUGGCCUUCAGGGGGCCGUGCGCAUCUCCGGUGUCCAGCUCUCAGUGCCGGAGAGACAGCGGUGGCCAGUCCGAGGGGAGAGCAGCAGAGAGGUACCCGAGAUUUGACUCCCGCCAGUCGUCUCCCCAGCAGUUGGGCUUGGGGAUGUCCCGGGGGGACAUGAGGGUGAAUUAUGAGCCAGAGGACUCCUUCUGCUACCCCAGCUCCAUGCUGCACAUAGAGGAGUUCUGCGCCAGCAUCCUGCAAUCUCACAGGGAGACCAGUCAGUAUCGGUUGGAGGAGCUGCAAGCUUUGCGAUGGAAAUUCUUCACCAGGGAGGAGAUUCUCGCCUACCAGAGCAAGUCUGUGGAUGAAAUGUGGCAGCACUGUGCCCUCAGGCUGACAGACGCUGUCCAGUACGUAGUGGAGUUUGCCAAACGCAUCCCGGGCUUCCGGCAGCUGUGUCAGAACGACCAGAUAGUUCUGCUCAAGAGCGGCUCCAUGGAGAUUGUCCUGGUGAGAAUGACCCGGAUGUUCAACGUGGAAAACAGCACGGUCUUCUUUGAUGGCAAGUUCGCCAGCACAGAGCUUUUCAAGUCCCUCGCCUGCAGCGACCUGAUGUCCUCAGUGUUUGACUUUGCUCACAGCCUGUGCGCUCUGCGUCUGAAUGAGCAGCAGGUGGCGCUCUUCAGUGCCCUGGUACUAAUCAAUGCAGAACGUCCGGGUCUGGAGGAGAGGGGCAGGGUGGAGAGAAUGAGGAGGGAGGUGAAGCUAGCACUUAGCCACACCCUGCGCAGAGACAACCAGGAGGGCCUACUACACAAGCUCUACCUGAAAGUGCCAGUAUUGAAAUCAUUGUGCAGCCUGCAUAUUGAGAAGUUACGCUGGUUUCGGCAGCUGUACCCCCUCACUGUGCACUCCCUCUUCCCCCCCCUAUACAAAGAGCUAUUUGGCUCAGACUCAGACCUCUCCCUGCUGGGCAUUCACUGAAACUGCAGCAGUACGGACCUCUCCCAAAAAAAACUGAUUGGUAUUAAACGUCUUGAUAGUGGUUUAGUAUACUUGUAACACAGUCUGCCAAUAAAUAAGCACAGAUGAUACAUAUAUAUACAUUUAUAUGCAAAUCAAUGCACUUAAAAUUCAUUGUGUAAAAGGGGUCCCACCCAUGUCACAGUCUGUUGAGUACAUAUAUUUUUGUAAUUCAGGAAAUUAGCAGAAAAUGUUUGCAUUAGCAAUAUAUAUGUGAGAAGAACGUGUAAUGAAUUAUUUUUUUAAGUAAUGACAAUGUUUAGGUGCUUUUUUAUUGCAGAAAAUUUUCUAAUAUGAGAAAGACUCAUUUCUGAUGAUGAUACAUAAGUCACUGCAUCACUGCGUGUGUCCAUUGUGGAUCUAUAUAAUUUAAAAAGGUAAUAUGUUAUACAAUUUAUAUUAACAUUCUCUGUGGUUAAAAUAUUCUGCUGUCGGAGUCAGAUGUGCCCUUUUGAAAUGAUAAGAAAUAGCCGUGAUUCUAGACAUAAACGAGGUGCCAUUAUGCAAUAGGUAUGUGUGCUGUUUCUGUAGACCCGAGAACUGUAGGCAGAAGUUCCUUUGUUUGCUUCGCUGGCACGCUUUGAUGCUCAAGUCCGUUCCAUUGUCCAGAUCGUCUCUGUCCUACCAGUGGUUGUGUUUGGCUGACGGCUACACUGGGCUGAAAGGUGACCACUGACACCUUGAAGAUGCACAUUGUGACCAAAGUUGGGUAAUUCAGAUCCAGAGAGUAAAAGUCCAGACCGGGAUUUUGUUUCAACCAACUAGUUUGCAUAAAGAGUCACAGUCACAGAGUUCUUAACUGGUUGGUUGAAGUAAAAUCCCGGUCUGGACUUUUACUCUCUGGGCCUGAAUUACCUAACCCUAAUUGUGACACGCAGGACAUUAUACAGACAUUAUAUCAUUUCUCCCUGAUGACUUCUGCAUCAUAUUCUCUCUUUUAGAGGCAUUAGUAGCAUUUGAACAACUACAGAAUAUACUUUAAUAAAUAAUUUACAUGACCUCCGACACUCUGAUCCUCUUAGUGUUUCACCUGGGAAUUGAGAAUUAUUUAGCAAAGCGUAGUGAAAUAGUUGUUUGUUAAGCUUCACCUUUGAAGUUUAAUUUGAUUUCACUUUUGGGUCAAUUCUAUAAAGCUCUCUAUGCUAAUUAUUUGGUUGUUUUAUCGUUUGCACUUGAUUGUGAAAAAGAAAUAUUGGUAAUAAAUUCAUUUUUAAAAUAA